CGGAGUUGGAUUUUUGCCUAAACAGUCCGAACGACAGAGGAUCGAAAGGUGUCGAAGGGACCAGUGACCGCCGAGGACCAUGAUGGUUCAGUUCACCAAGAGGCAAUGGCUCACGUUAAUAGUCAUCAGCCUCGCGGAUUUCGCGAACGCCAUUUGCGUAUCGUUGCAGGCGCCAUUCUACCCUCAAGAGGCAGAGAGGAAGGGCGCAUCCCCAUCGGAAUAUGGCUUGGUGUUUGGAAUCUUUGAGUUGGUCGUCUUUAUCAUCAGUCCUGUCUAUGGGAAAUACCUGCAUCGCAUCGGACCGAAGCUCCUGUUCAACGGCGGCAUUUUGACGACAGGAACUUGCGCUAUUUUCUUCGGUCUGCUAGAUAAGGUCAACGGCCAUUAUCCCUUUAUAGUCCUCUCGUUCGUAAUUAGGAUCGUCGAGGCGAUGGGCAACGCGGCUUUCCUAACGGCUAGCUUCGCCAUCAUCGCAAAAGAAUUCCCGGAUAACGUCGCCACAACCUUUGCCAGCCUCGAAACCUUCUUCGGUUUGGGCCUCAUUGUUGGGCCUACCGUGGGUGGUGCUCUUUACCAGGUCGGCGGAUACACGACGCCAUUCGUAGUCCUGGGAUCAGCAUUGUUCGUGACGGCAGUCGCUACCGUUUUCAUUUUACCGGUUCAUCCUAACAACAACGAAGCCACUCACAGCGCCGGAGGAGUAACCAGAGCUUUGAGGAUUCCGGGUGUACUGGUCGCCAUGUCGUCCAUAAUCGCGACCAGCAUGAGCAUUGGAUUUUUACAAGCCACGUUAGAGCCGCACUUGAGGCAAUUUGCAUUGAGUCCCAUCAUUUUGGGCCUAAUGUUUGUCAUUAACGGAGGCACUUAUGCCAUUACGGCGCCAGCGUGGGGCUGGCUAUGCGAUCAUCGUUCCCAUCCGAAAGUGGCCACCGUAGCCGGAUGUAUUCUCGUAGUCAUAGCAUUUUGUUUAGUCGGCCCAGCGCCUUUCAUACCCUAUCCAACCAUGAUCUGGAUGACCAUUUGCGGCCUCGUGGUUCACGGGUUGGGCAUGGCUGCCCAACUGGUUGCCAGUUUCACGGAUGCUUUAAGAACCUCCAUAGCUUACGGAUUCGCGAACAAUCUCGAGACCUACGGUCUCAUCAGCGGUCUAUGGACCAGCACGUUCGCCCUCGGGGCCUUUAUCGGACCCAGCGUGGCAGGAAUUCUUCUGGACAAUAUUGGCUUUCGGAACGCCAGCAUGUUUAUCGUGCUACUUCAUCUGCUAGUGGGCGUGAUAGCCGCGGUGUUUCUGAGCGCUUGCAUGCAAAGAAGGAAACCGUACACGGAGAUCGGUGCCACGGAGGACCUGAUGACACCGUUGACAGACAGUGGACAAUCGCGAAGCGGCAGUUUAAGGCACAUGGGACGUGGACAAGGCGUACCGAUCGACAGGCCCAGCGGCAUGAAUUCCCUGAUCGCGUGCAACAGUUAUUCGAACAGGGCCGGAGCGUGGGCCCGGGCAUCGUACAGCGGUCGGUAUUCCCACAGUUACGGGUCCAUCGACGCUAAGAGGUACCUGGAGAUUACCACGUGAUGGCCCCCGUG